AUGCAGUGGAAUAUCCCAACGUCGAUCGCCGUUCUCUCGCUCCUCUUCCUAUCAGGCGGCGCCGCUCCCACGGCGUACGAUGCAAUCCAAUCCUACGGUUUCCCUAUCGGUAUCCUCCCUAAGGGGGUAACACACUACGAUCUCGACGAUUCAACCGGAAAAUUCAACGCCUAUAUCAACGGUUCCUGCAGUUUCUCUUUGGAAGGCUCGUAUCAGCUCAACUACAACUCUGUCAUCAGCGGCUAUAUACGUAAAGAUAAGCUCACCAAUUUAUCUGGUGUUCAAGUCAAAGUGCUGUUUGUAUGGUUGAGCAUUGUCGAGGUCAGGAGAAACGGUGAUAAGCUCGAAUUUUCCGUUGGAAUUGCAUCUGCAGGCUUUGCGAUUGAUAAUUUCGUUGUCUGUCCCCAAUGUGGCUGUGGAUUGGAUUGCAAUGGCUUCGACGGGGAGGAUCUUACGAGUGAUUCUCUUGUUUCUUCGAUUUAA